UGAGCGCUCGCCACGCACCGUGAGGCCCGCACCGUUGCGGACGUUCGUUGACAAGGGAACGCCGGAUUUUCGGGGGUUUUUACGCUUGUAUUUUCGUUUAGUCCCACGAGCAUUUCACCAGUUUUGCAGGAUCCCAACCCCCUCCCCGCGGGAUCGUGCGGAUCAUCGUCGGAACUCCAACGGAUUUUCGCGGUCGGUUACAGAAAGCGUGUUAUUCCUCCAAGUCGAGCUUUAGAAAUUUUCGUCAGUGUCCAACCCCAGUGCCUCUCAGCUCUCGCGAAGUAGAAAUUUCCCCGAAUCGACAGAGCUGUGUUCCCCGGUGUCGUGAACGUUGAAAGCCCCGAGCCAGUACUUUAAGUGCCUUUUGCCACCGUACGGUAGCGUUGUUUUGGUAGCGCACCGAAGUGCGUGGUCGAAACGGUGCACGUGUGAUUGGGAUACACUCGCCAGUGCCUUUCGUGCUCGUGGAAGGCGGUUUCCCGUGAGGUUCCUGGUCGUCCACCCAAGUUCAGUGCCCAACGACUCCCAAGUGCCUAAGUUCGUGACGUGAGGUUCGGUCGGGGUGAUAAUGCCCAGAGGCAAGAACAAAGCCCCCAGCUCGACGCCGGGCUUGUGAGAUUUCGGGUCCUAGAAUGCAGAGCCUGCAGGAGAUCGGGCUGGACCAGUACGUUCGGCUCAACGGGAAUUUGAGGCAGAUCAAGCAGGAGAGACAAAUGCGGCCCGACGAGAUGGGCCCGGAGAGCAACAGCCUGAAGGGACCCGGGGACGAGAUGGGGGGCAUGCCCCACCUGGGGCUCUCGUACUUCAACGACGACACCGCCGCCGGCAUCGUCCCCAACUCCAUGCCGGAGCUCGUCGAGACGGCCAUGUUCGUCGGGGACAAAGUCGAGUACGUGACCCCCUACUCGCACCCGUCCCUCGUGUACCAGCCCUCGCCGCCGCCGUCGUCGACCCCCAGUCAACAGCAAUACGGUUCAGAUGAAUUCGGCCAAGACUCACCUAGGUUUACUGGUCCAAAGUCCACACCUGGCGGCGCAGCUAGUCUGUAUAACGCCGAUCCUUAUUAUUUAGAUGGCGCUUCAGCCGGUUCGGGGGACCCUUGGACCGGCGGGGGGCAGAUUCAGCCGGGUCCACCUUAUUCUAAUUACUCGUCCCCCUCCGGGGGCCUAACGCACCUAUCACAACCGAGUUAUCCACCGCAGGGCCUACACCAACACUUACCACACGACAAUAUGGGCUAUGGAGGGAUUUCGCCGAGCGGAGCAGGUGCAGCCCAACCUAGCGAACCAGCCCUGACGGGCGUCAGUCUACCUCCAAUGUCAAGUCUUCGAUCUGGAGCCCCUCCGUCCACCCCAAGUCCUGCCAUUCUCUACCCCACCCACCACAGUCCUGCUUCUGCCAUACAGACUGGUGAUACAUUAGGCAAAGCUCUAGCCUCAAUAUACCCAACAGAUCAGAGCGUGAGCAGCUAUAGCUCUAACCCCUCUACGCCUGUGAGCUCGCCACCUCCAUUGGCAGGUGCACCAGGCGGAAACAACGGAGGUCCCUGGGCUCCCGGUGCUACUCAAGCUCACCCUGCAUCCCCGCAUUUCCCUCCUGACCACCGCACAAUUCACUUGGCGGCAUCUGAACAACAAAGGUUAGAUGAGGCAAUUGGAUUCCUUCGUGAACGAGCUGGUGAUGGGAGAAUGGAAGAAAGGUUAGAUGAUGCAAUUAAUGUUUUACGGAACCACGCAGAAACUCAAGCCUUGGGUCUUGCAGCUGUUCAACAUUCAGGCUCAAAUUUACUUUACCAUCAUCAACAUAUUUCGAGUCCACACUCUGUUGGAGCUGUGGGAGUACCUGCAGGUGCUUACUCCGGAAUUGGCCCAUCUGACACAGAUGGCCCCAUCAAAAUAGAAAGACUUCCCGGUUCUAAAAAACGAAAAGAGCCUCCAGAUAGUGAUUCUAAACCUAGCAGUAGUGAACAGUUAAUUAUAAACACCACAUCUCCUCCUUCAAAUUCAGCUUCCAGUAAAGGCAACAAAAGGUCAAGACGAUAUUGUUCUAGUGCAGAUGAAGAUGGUGAAGAUCCAUCGACCAAAGCACAUAGGGAAAAAGAGAGGCGUCAAGCUAACAAUGUCCGAGAAAGUGCGGACGAGGAAAGCGAGGACCCUGAACUGAAAGCGCAACGUGAUAAGGAGCGCAGGCAGGCAAACAAUGCUCGGGAGAGGAUCCGCAUUAGAGAUAUCAACGAAGCUCUGAAAGAGUUAGGAAGGAUGUGUAUGUCGCACCUAAAAACAGACAAACCUCAAACCAAACUGGGUAUUCUUAAUAUGGCUGUUGAAGUGAUCAUGUCUCUAGAGCAACAAGUUAGAGAACGAAAUCUUAAUCCCAAGGCAGCUUGUCUGAAAAGGCGGGAAGAAGAAAAAGCUGAGGACAGUGUCGGUCCUAAACUUGGUCACCACCUUGUAGCUCAACAUAUGGUCGUCCAACCACCCUCAUUUCCUUCUAUGCCACCAAUUAAUAAUUCAUUAUCGCCUGUAUGAAAUCCCUUUCAACCAUUUUACUGUUUUGUAAUCUUAAUUAUUGUGUUUUUUACUGAGGUAUUCGAUGGUUAUAUACUCUCAAGUAUUUCUCAACUCCGAGUGAUAGUAGCUUAGUACCUAUGAGUGGUGCUUGCUGUAAAUAUGCAUCCCAAAAGAAAUCGAGCCACUUGAGGUAAUGUUCCCUGUGAAACGUGAUUUGAGACAGUUCACUAAACAAAUCUCAGUCCUAAGUAGCAACUUGGUAACUCCACUUUUUAGACUAAGUGCAGCUCACUGGUAUUUUCAGCGUGUCCUCAUGAAACGGGAGCCCAUUGGCAAGAAAUUUUAUGGAAUAUUUUCAAAAUUCUUUCUGAUGGCAAAAUUUUUUGGGUUUCUGUUUUAUACUUACGCAAGUAUUGUCGACUUUCUGAUGGAAGUAUAAGAAAUUUUGAGAAAGGUUUUUUCCCCAUUCUUGAUGACACCUUGAUUUUGGAAUCCUUUUUUUUUGUGCCAUGAAUUUUAGAGUGGCAUUAUCGGUAAGCUGUUGUGCAAUAUCUACAUAAUACUCUAUCAUAUCACUCUUAAGCAGUGUUUCUCAAAUUUUUUCAACGAAGGUGGAUCUUGGACCUCCUGAGAAAAAAAGAAAGUUUGCUCUUUCUCACCUAUUACGGCCUUAGAUAAUGCUACAAUUACUUGAAUGUGAAAAUAGUGAAAGUUAAGGCUGGUGAAAGUGAUAAAAACUCCCUUGCAAAGAAAAGGAAGAUAGAUCUUUGAAAUUUUUCCUUUCACCUAGUUUUGUCAGUCACCACUUCUUCUUGCCAAUGAAUAUUUUGACAGAAUCUCUCUUAGUCCAUGCUUUUUCUCUACAAAUUGUACUAUUUUCAAGAAAAACGUUGUUUUAGAUUUUAAUUUAAUUCACCUUCUAAUAUCAAUGGCAGGCUCCUUUUAACUGUGAAGUAUUGGUAGAAAAUUAUGUAAGAUAGAUUGUGGAGUUACGAUGUUUGCUGACUUAAGUGUGUCACAAAAGUUUUUCCAUUUCUCCAAUAAUUUAUUUUGUGAGGUUCGCAGCUGUUUUAUCAGAGGCCCAUUUUCGUUGGUUAGACAAGAGAAUAAAUUAUUGGGAUGGCAUUGUUAAACCUCAAGAAAUUGUUUGUAAAACUCGCAAACACAUCGUUAGUUAGAUCGUGUUUUCAUCUCUUUAAAUUGAGGAAAACCAAUGUUCAUUCUUUAAUCCUCCAUUUAGUAAGCCAAACAAGCCGUUUUAUCCCUUCAGUAUUUUGACGCCUGCAGCUGACAUGAACCUAAUCAUCGUUAUUCUGGACCUCAUAAACGAGUAUUGUGCCAAAAUUAAAUAUUCUAAGUACUUAGUUCUGCAUAGACUCCUCCCAACAAUGCCGAACCCUGUGAAUUUGAGUUACUCUGCUGUGAAACCUGAACCUUUAAACUGUAUAAAUGUAGAAAUUACACAGUAGAAGAUUUUAUAUUUUUUGAAAAACUGUGGAAAAUUACUUAAACCCCCAGUCAUUUGUUCUCCAGUACUCUCAAGUCGUCCUGCUUUUAGCUUUAUUUUCGUGCCGUCUAUUUGUUCAUCUCAACGAAAAUUUGUUUUCGUUUGUAAGUAGCAUGUAAGUUUUUCCAAGUUUCCUUUUCGAUCACCUUGUUGAUAAUAGACCUGUGCUGAUGCCUUAAUCAUUGAAUAAAAAGCUAGGUUGUUUCACACCAAGAAGAAAUUUCCAAUUCAGUGAAUAAAUUUUAUUCUAGCAAA